AUGCUCAUUUCUAUUUCAUCACUUAUCAUAAUUCUUCUACACAUUCACACUCUCGCUGUCUGCGCAUACCGCUCGUAGAGAAACCACCAAAAAAGCCUGCUUUAUUAUCCUCACAGCAUACUAUUCUUCUUCAUCCUCUCUUACAACUCUCCUCAACACGAAGAACACAACCCUCCUCUCAUCUCACCAACACUCUCGUCCUCUCCGCCGUAGCCAUGCUCGUAGAUGCCCACAAGAGACGUUGCACAAUGAGCAUCCAGGCCCCCUCGUCCACGUCUCGUCAGGCAUGCCAAGCAGCCGUCGAGAAGGGCGCUUCCAGGGCGGCGCACGCACUGUCUCAUGCCGCGGCCAAGUUCUCACAUCACCCGGACACCAAAAAACCUCGUUCGGGUGUCCUCGGCAUCGCCCUGACUACCCCAGAGGGCGACAUCCUUGUAGGCGACGCCAUCCCCGAGGGGACGCGGUGCCACAUGUCACUCGAGUACCGCGCCCUUCAGAAGCAGUGGCUCGACACCAUUGAAAAUAACCUCGUGCCGGGUAACUGGAGGCAGCUCCGCGAUCUGAACCGCCCGCGGGCGCCCAGGGUCGACUAUAAGAAGCAGGAGGGCCCCCGCGAGAGACAAUCCCCCGCCGAGGAGAAGAAGCGGAAGCACCACACCUUGAAAUGGCUGCGCAGCAUCGGUGACGACAGACGCCAGCGGCGCCAGCGCCAUAGAGAAGCCGCAGAGCGCGCGUGGCAACUGCAGAAGAUGGAGGUCGAGUGCCAGAGGCAGCAGUGCCAGAUCGGGGCCGAAGAGAGGCAGCGCCAGGCGCAGCAAUGUCAGGCGCAGGUGUCCAUUGCCGAGUUGCAGAAGUGGAUUGCGGACGUGGGACGUCAGCAAGAUGAGGCAGAGAGAAAGCUCCACGAUCUCAAGGCCGAGCUGGGGCGGAAGACGGAGAUAGAUUCCGAAGCCGACAGCGAGGAUGAGCAGUGAGCGCUGGGUGCUUACUACAAGGCUCGACUCCUCUCGCUUGCCAGUGGUCUGGCGCUGGAUCGCUUAACGGAUGCUGUUUGUCCUGCAUGGUUUACCUUCUAUAUUCUAGCGCUUGCUCCUGAGACAAUGAUUUGGAUACCCCCUUGAACUUAGUACAUUCGAAUUGAAAGCUGGCUGGUUCUUCUUCGCAAACUGUUUGUAUUUGCUGGCUGUGUGUGUGCCAAGUCCUGUGAGAUGUACUUGUUGCUCUUAUCUCACCAGAAUGAAACGGAAAAGUUCACGAUGUAGCAAGGUUCUAGAGGUUCCACGCAUCGGUGUUGUUCUUUCUCUGUGCACUCGUUCCGCAGGUCCUACGUGCUUCGUCGCGUCCCAAGUUGCGUCUGUACGUGCACGGCGUAGCCUGCCUCUUCUUGUCUGACGCGGGCGGGACCUUGGAUGCAUGAGCGUUGAUGACGAUGUCAAGCCAGGCUCGCAUGCACUCCGGAACUCUAAAUGGCAGACGUAGCGCGGGAGAGCUGGGCUUGCGUAGUAGACAGCUCAAUGCGAACCAAUGCAAAUUGCCUCCGAGACUUGACCUGUUGACAGCCAUUGCUACUUGACACAGUGCAACGAUGCAAGGCGGGUUUGUGUCUCUUGUCGACGUGGUCUUGCACUGGAAGUCCAUGUUUGUCAUGUUAAGCUUGGGGUGCAGCUGUUGGUGUCCGUAGUCCCCAGCGCGGAAUCUCCAAUAUAAUUGCUUCACCUCAAGACCUUCAAGUUUGGGCGGGCGGUCGGUAAGACUUCCAACUUGGCGGACUUGGUGGUUCUCCAUACAAACGACGUCAGACCUGGCCCGGGUUCCCUCAGACUCGUUGCUGCAUCUCCGUCUGUCGAUCCAGGGUCUGUACAACGCCCGGUGCGGGGGAGGCGUCCAUCUUCGUCCACCGAUUGCCCAAGCAAGCAAGGCCACCCCCACUCGGACUGGGUUUGAGUUUCUGUGGACGUGGUCCGAUGAGCCGGUUUGGUUUGAUGCCGCUGUUGUCGUUGUCGUGUGACGACAUGCGGCCACCCUUGCGCGACGACAAGAUC